CAUGAUACGGUUAUCCCUAUAGUAUAUAAGAAUCUUCUUUUUGUAUAUUUAGUGUAAAGCAACCAACGAGAUUCUCUCUUAGUUGGCUCGUACCCAGAAUAUCCUUUUAUUUUUACCCCAGUGACGUACAGGACCCAAAUAAAAUACGAUCCGAUAAUAAGUGCGAUGUCCCACGCUUAUAACGAAAACGAAAAAAAAAGCAUCCCAGUGGCUGGCCGUACCUCCAUCGGCUCCUCUAGCUCUGCCGGCCGCGCUUACAGUCAUCUACCGCUCAACCUGAAUGAAAACUGCGAUGCCUCCCGCUAUGAAACUACCUCUGACUGCGAGUAUGUCUAUUUGGGUAACCAGAAGUUCAAGAGAUCAGAAGUUGCCUCCGCCUUCGCCGGUACGUUCAACCCUGGUUUGCACUAUGUGGGAAAACUGCGAUCAUAUGCCAACCCUGCUCCUUUAGGGUUGGCCGGGGUGUCAAUUCCAACCAUUGCCCUUGGGAUUAUGCAGCUCGGAGGUGGCGGACUUGGAAAUACCAAUGUAUUAGCAGGCGCUGGGAUGUUCCUUGCGGGGAUCUGUUUGAUGCUCUCGGGGAUGUGGUGUAUGUUCUUAGGAAAUACUUUUGGUGGUACAGUGUUUACGGUGUUUGGUGGUAUUUGGUUGAGCUAUGGGUACGUGAUGGCUCCAUCAUCCGGAAUUGUGGCAUCCUAUGCAUCCAUUGAGGAUUUCCAGCAUGCUAUGGCAGCAUAUGUGGCCACCUGGACACUUUUUGCGUUCAUGUGUUGGGCAUUGACUUUCAAAUCCACGGUUAUGUUCUGUGCUCAGUUCAUGUGGCUCAGUUUGCUGUUUCUUACUGCAACUAUCCAGUUAUACACUAACUCCAAAGCUUGGCUUAAAGUCACGGGUGUCUUUUCUCUCUUGAACGGUGCGUUCGGAAUGUAUAAUAUGUUUGCAGGUAUGGCUGACGAAACCAACUCUUAUUUUGUUAUCAAGUCUAUGUGUAUGCCAGGUGCCCAGGAUCCGGCAAAGAUAUAGCAGCAAGGUUCCAUGGGGUGCUUCCUCGUUUAUUUAUCAAACUUUUCCAGCGUCUCACCUGUAAGCUCUCGGGUUGUGGUCUACCGAUUUCCCAGACCCACACAUACCAAAGACCGUAUUCUCGUAACUCACGCCGGGUAGACGUCAAAUUUGUUUACAUAUUGUAUUAAAUUGACAAUAGACAAG